AAAAUAAUUUAUAAUUCUUCCAUUAAAUGUCUACUAAUUAACUACCAAAAUUCUCUUAUCUUUACCGUAUAUACUCAUGACUAUAUCUAUUUUUAGCUGAUUUCUUCAUUCUUCAAAAAAAAAAAAAUUGUUUUUUUUUUGCUCGAAGGACAUUCAAGAAUCUAAAACUUACCCAUAUAAGUAUUUUGCUAAGGAAAUUAAAGAUUGUAGAUUGAAGGAUUCUAUUUGAAUAGGCGUCCCCGGAGAGCAAAUCAAGAACGGGCUCUUGGGGCGCGGUUGAUGAGAAUUGUGCGUUUGUUGUGAGUUCUUUUGUGUUAGUAUUGAACUAAAUGAUAAGGUUCAAUGAUGAAAUCGAUGAAUAUGGAGAAGAAAUGGUUGUUUCCGUUGGUUCUAAGCGUGUUUGUGUGUUUUUUCAUCGUUGUAACCUCUUUCAACAUGGGCCUUAUUACUUCAUUACACACAAUCAAUUCAAUAUUUUCAUCUCAUGUCAAGAUAAAUGAGAGUAACACGUAUUUUGCUGAAUCGAAAAUUAACCAGCCUCCACCCCCUCCUGCUAGACCUCCUGUCCCUCGUUUUGCUUAUUUGGUAGCUGGAUCGAAGGGUGAUUUAGAUAAGCUUUGGAGAACGCUGCAAGCGUUGUAUCAUCCAUGGAACUAUUAUGUUGUUCAUUUGGACCUAGAAUCGUCUAUAAAGGAGAGAUUAGAACUUGCUUCUAGGGUACAGAAAGAUCCCGUGUUUGCACAGGUUGGGAAUGUGCAUAUGAUCACCAAAGCAAACAUGGUAACCUACCGUGGACCUACCAUGGUUGCUAACACUCUUCAUGCCUGCGCGAUUCUUCUGAAGAAGUAUACGGAUUGGGAUUGGUUUAUUAACCUGAGCGCGUCUGAUUAUCCCCUGGUGACUCAAGAUGAUUUACUCUACACUUUUUCCGAUUUAAAACGAGAGUUCAAUUUCAUUGAGUACACUAGCCGGCUGGGUUGGAAAGAGGGUCAAAGGGCAAUGCCGCUUAUAGUAGAUCCCGGGCUCUAUAAGACAACUAAGUCCGACGUAUUUUGGGUCUCACCAAGGAGAGGUCUUCCCACGGCCUUUAAACUCUUUACAGGUUCAGCCUGGAUGAUCCUCUCUCGUGCUUUCGUGGAGUACUGCAUAUGGGGUUGGGAUAAUCUCCCUAGGACCCUACUUAUGUACUACACAAAUUUUGUGUCCUCUCCCGAAGGCUACUUUCAGACAGUCGCUUGCAAUGCCCCAGAAUUCAAUAGAACUGUUAUCAACCACGACAUGCACUACAUUUCAUGGGAUCGCCCUCCAAAACAACAUCCGCACAAUCUCAACCUUAAUGACACCGCAAAAAUGAUUGCAAGCGGUGCUGCAUUUGCUCGCAAGUUCAAGCGAGAUGAUCCUGUUCUAGACAAGAUUGAUAAAGAACUUCUUCAUCGAAGCAAUGAUUGCUUCACACCGGGGGGUUGGUGUGCUAGAAAUCGUUCUUGUUUAAAGGUUGGAAAUCCAACUAGGCUUAAACCAGGUCCAGGAGCUAAAAGGCUUCGGCGUCUUAUUGGUAAACUAGUUUUGUCAACUAAUACUAGUCAACAGCAGUGUAAGUAGUUAUACCAUCCCUGCCUUUCUGAUGAAAAAAAAAGGGAGGGGAUUAGAGAGUUCCAUUCAUCCAUCAAGAGAAUACCAUAUUAACACUAGGUAAUUUUGUAAUAUAAAGAUUUACACAUCCUUAUCACCCUUCUGGUGUUCCUGUUUUUGUAGUAAGUUCAUCUUUUCUGCCA